GUAUCCAAUGCUCUUUGAAUCAACUUUAUUCAACUCCCUUAGUAUCUGCUUGCUGUAGCUGCUACCUGAUAACUUCUAGCUGGGACGGAUGUAUAUCCUGCAGAUUCAGCUUAGCAAAAUUUUUAGGACAUAACAAUUGCCCCUAACUUGUGAUGCCAACCUAGGCGCAACUGAGUUAAAAUCACGAGUUACCAAUCAAAACAAAAUACUAGUUAGCAAAAAAGUUCAAAAAUAAAUUUAUGCUAUCUUAGAAGAUUUUUAUCUUUUUCUUCGAGGAAAAACGUUUGUGGAUAAAAAUUUUCUACUUAAAAGAUAAACUCAUCUAGCCAUUUGAAAAGAUAAUUUUCUUGGGAGAAGAUAAAACUACCAGAUAAUUGAUUACUUAUCAACAGUAGAAAGAUAAAUUUUAAGCAACAUUAAAUACUUAUCCGUUAGCUUAGGCUACCGUUGAGCUACCAGUAUUUAAAGACCUCUCAGCCCUUCUUGAACCUUCACUUUACUUCUCUGCGAACUCCUUUUCCCCUCAGGUAAACCUUUUCUCUUUCGUUUGUUUCCUCGAGAAUUUUCUUUUAGAUCUUUCACUUUUUUCUGAUGGGCAGAGCUAUAGACGAUGUUGCUUCAUCUGUCACUGAGCGAGAUAUAGAGGUGCUCAAAGUUUUAGGGGGUUUCCCUGAAAAUACUCAAAUCAUACUCCCCACUUCUACAUGCAGACCUGAAACCUGCCCGGAAGACUACAUUUGCUAUUAUGAACAUCCUUUCUACCUAGGGUAUAAUUACGAGUUUUCUCCCCUCACUAGGUCUUUUAUGGAGGUUUUACACCUAUCCCCUGGCCAGCUGAUGCCGGCUUUUUGGAAAACUUGCUCGACCCUAGAGACCCUAACUAAAACAUGGCACAAUCCCUUCUCUUUAAACGAGCUUUUGACCGCCUAUAGUGUUAGAAAAUCAUACAAGGGUUUCAUAACUUUUAGGGCUAAGGCUCCCCUUCCCCCAUUGAUAGAAGGUACAAUCGCUUCUGACUCUGUAUGGAAGACUAGGUACUUUUUCGUAGUGAAGGAUUCGUUGGGCGAAGCUGGGAAUUAUCUAGUUGGGGGUUGGUCUAAUAAAGGUCUUGGCCCCGUUAUCUCCCAGAUCCCUGAACAAGCUGAGAGAUUACCUGAACUUCUCAAGUUUCCUGUUGAGGAACGCACCUUCACAGCUCCUACCGAGGUUCUACCCUUAGAUUCCAGAGCAUCUUCUCGCACUAACUCGAUGUCAACAGCCCCAGCAAGAUCCAGUAACUUGUCCGACGAGGAUGCAAUGGACAGGCUCAAGAAUAGGAAGAGAUCAGCUGCUUCUUCUGGGCAGUCUCAGAUUGAAAGAGUUCCUCGCAAGAACCUCGCUCAUCCUCCAUCCCAGCUACCAUUGACAUCACGACUGAUUCUCCUAGGGAUGAGGUCCUUGUGAGCUUUCCUGCUGACUUUCUAGCUGAAGAAGGUCUAGAAGGUGGGAUCUGGCCUGCAGCUGACAAGCUCGUAUUCCCAGCUGCACAAAAGAGGUUAAAGGGACAGGACCCUGAGGUCAUCCUGAACCAUGCUGUCCAGCUAUCCCUACAGCUUUCCCAGAGUUGCAUAGCUGCCAGGGACAGCUUGCGGACUGUUGCUACCCUUCAGGAUAAGGUGGCUCGUCUGCAAAAGGACAAUUUGAGCCACCAAGCUAAGCUGGAGAGGGAGAAACAGUCCCGGCUGGAUGCUGAGAGCAAGUUAGCUGCUGAGCAAAAAUUGAUGGAGAAAGAGAGGCUGAAAAAGAUGAGAAGAUAGCUGAGGCCGAGAGAGAAAAUGCGCGCCUGGCUGCAGCUGUAAGAGAAGCUGAGGAGAGGGCUUUAGACAUCCAAGCUGAAGCAAAAAUUAUCGAAACUGCGAAGCUAGCUUUCCUGAUUAAGUUCAAGAAGCUAGAUGACAAGGGUGUCAAUUUCUAUAUUGACAGAUUCCUCAAGCUGGAUUCUAUGACUGCUUUGGAAGCUUUAGCUACUGGUGGCAAAGCAAAUGACUCGGAGAAAUCUACAGCUGAAUCCCCUCCUUCUCUCAACCAGCCAGAAGGCGUUGCUCCUGGUGACAAGGACAAGGUUGCUGGCGAUGACGCCAGCGUGAUUUCUUAAUUUCUUCAGUACUUUUAUCAGCUUUUCUCUUGGAACAAUUUAGUUUUGAUUAUCUUGGAUACUUUUACCAUUGCCUAUGGGGGCAAUGUGUUUUGUAAGAACAUAUUUUCUUUCAGCAAUUUAGUCGUUUGAACUUAUGUCUUUGCCUUUUGAUCUUAGCUAUUGAUACUUUGAUGAGUACUUAAGUUACAUGCAUGCUCUUUGU